UCCAUGGAGAACAAGAACAUGCUCCAGCUGCUCCCAACCCACACGUCGGCGAUCCCGGACUGCUUCGUCCUGCCGGCCGACCAGCUCAAGGCGGCCACCAUCGCCGCUGUCUUGCUGCCCGUCAUCGACAUGUCCCGCGGCCGAGACGAGGUCCGCCGCGCCAUCCUCGACGCCGGCAGGGAGCACGGCUUCUUCCAGGUGAUCAACCACGGCGUCCCCGAGCAGGUGCUGCGGGACAUGGAGGCGGUGUGCCACGAGUUCUUCCAGCUGCCGGCGGCGGACAAGGCGGAGUUCUACUCGGAGGACAAGAGCAAGCCCAACAGGCUCUUCUCCGGCACGAACUACGAGACCCUCGGCGAGAGGUACUGGCGCGACUGCCUCCGCCUCGUCUACCCCUUGCCCUCCGGUGACACCUCGGGCUGGCCCCACAAGCCACUGAGGCUCAGGGAGGUUGUUGGGAACUACACCGGGCUGGCAAGAGGCCUGGCCAUGGAGAUCCUGCAGCUGCUGUGCGAGGGCCUGGGCCUCCGCCCCGACUACUUCGUCGGGGACAUCAGCGGCGGCCGCGUGGCCCUCGACAUCAACAGCUACCCGCCGUGCCCGGACCCGAGCAGGACGCUGGGCCUGCCGCCGCACUGCGACCGGGACCUCAUCACCGUUCUCCUCCCCGGCGCUGUCCCCGGCCUCGAGGUCGCCUACGAGGGCGACUGGAUCAAGGUCCAGCCAGUCCCCAACUCCUUCGUCGUCAACUUCGGCCUGCAGCUCGAGGUUGUGACCAACGGGAUGCUGAAGAGCGUGGAGCACCGCGCGGCCACCAACUCGGCGGAGCCGCGGAUGUCGGUGGCGACGUUCAUCGUGCCGGCGGACGACUGCGUCGUCGGCCCUGCGGAGGAGUUCGUCGGCGAGGACAACCCACCGCGCUACCGCACCAUGAGGGUCCGCGACUUCAAGCGCAUGCACAACGUUGUCAAUCUGGGGUCCUCGCUCAACCAGAUCACUAACCUCAAGAACAACCAGAAGGGUAUAUGAUGAAGCAAAACCGCAAGUCUUUCUCUUGUCAUGCCAAGUUCCCAUGCCUCUGAGGUGGCGUUGCAUUGGCGGAUGGGUCGUCUCAGUUACAUCU